AUGGCUGAGCAACCCAAGAAGCCGGCGGGCGGAGCUUUUGGCUGCUGGCUGGCGGAGCACCGGGCGGAGUUGCAAAAAGAGGUGGGCCCGGGGAAACCAGCAUCCGAGGUCGCCAAGCUUGCUGGAGCCCGCUACAAGACGCUGAGUGAGGACACGAAGGCCGUGUACCAAAAGAUGUUCGAGGCAGCCAAGGCCAAGUACGAGGCAGAUAUGGCCGCAUUCCUCGAAGCAGGCGGCGAGAAGAAGAGCACCAAGAGGAAGGCAGAGAAGUCCUCGAAACGCAAGAAGGAUCCGGCUGCGCCAAAGAAACCUGCGGGUGGUGCCUUCGGCUGUUUCCUUUCCAAGAACCGGGCAGCCUUCACAGAAGAGUGUAAAGGCCAGCCCGUAACGGCCAUUACCAAGCUGGCCUCCGACAGAUGGAAGGCUCUAGGCGAGGACGAGAAGAAGAUCUACCAAGCGGACUAUGAGGCAAAGAAGGCCGAGUACGAAGAGGCCAUGAAGUCCUACGUGCCACUUCCCAGUGCCGAUGACGAGGCCGACAAGCCGGCCAAAAAGGCACGGCUGUCCCCGGAGCAGAAGGAGGCCGAGCGGGCAAAGCAGGCCGACAAAGCGCAUGCCAAGGAGAAGAAGGCAACCGAGAAGAAGGUCACCGAGAAGAAGGUCAAGGAAGGUGGCAAAGCUCCCAAAGCCAAGGCAUCACCCAAGAAGAAGGUCGGCAAGUCGGCUCCGGAGGUGCCUGCUGUGGAACUUCCCCCGACUGUGGCCGCCAGGGCAGAGAAGGCAGGCUUGAAGGACCAGCUCGUGAAGCUUGCCGCCCGCCCAGAUGUGAUGAACAGCGGCAAGAGCCACACCGCCAUCCUCAAAGCCUUGGAGGAGUCAGGUGGCUUGAUCCACCCGGCGAAGCGAGCCUUGCUCGGGGCCUGA